AGCGUCAGCUCGUCGAGGGAGACUGCCCACUAUCUUCGCCCAACAUACCUGUCCGUGUUAGCAGUAAUGGACGAGCAUACUAACGAGGCCCCGGUCCAUGGGGAUUCAUCAUCAUCAGAACCUCCGUAUGCACCGCAGCCCGAGACCGAGGCAUCGUUGGUCUUGAAGGCGACGGCCAACAGUUACCCUUUUCUGGUGCACUCGACGGAUACUUUGGCCAACAAUCGUCCUCCAAAUGUCGACAACAAGCCUCUGGCUCGUCAAAAGCGAAGACGGACAAGUCCCGAUGACCAGAAGAUUCUCGAGGAAGCCUACGCAAAGAACUCGAAGCCUGACAAGGCCACUCGUAUGGACAUCGUGAGCCGCGUCGCUCUAGGUGAAAAAGAAGUUCAGAACCGUCGCCAAAGUUCGCGCAGAAAGUCCAAACCGCUGGAUCCUCGCGAGAUGCCCAACUACCACUCCUCGUAUUCCUCGCCGCUCGACCCCCAAACCGCUGAUCACCGAGAAGACCCAUCUACAAGCCAGGACAACCCGGCGCAUACUGCCGAUUCAGCUUCGACAUCCCAAGACAAGCCUGCUCCAUCUGCCAGCCAGAAUGCCUCAGCCUCUUUCAUUGAGGUCCCCAGUUCACAACCGGAACCAGCCUCUCAGGACUCGGCUUCAAAACCUGGCUAUUUAUCCAACAGACGUAACAAUGCUUCGUUCACAGCCAACGACUCGUUCGAAGCACCACCUGACAGUCAGGAGCCGUCGACAAAGCGUCUAAGGAAAUCUGACUCCAAGAUCCGCCUUUCCAUGACGGCUGAUGGUGUUGCCCGUGUCAUGGAGGGAGACGACCUUACGUCUUCCCCCNCUCCUCGCAAGCUCCCUCCUCCUGUAUCUGCCAGUGCCGCUCUUGAUGAGCCUGCCAGUCAAUCAAACGAGCUAUACCGUACUAACAGCCAGGUCAGUCUGUGUGAUACACCAGGCAGUCAAGAAGGCGGCACCAGUCUUCGCCGAAAACCGAGUGGACGAUCUCGCGACUCACGCGUGUGGUCUUUCUUUGCCGAUCGUGGUGCACGUAGCGAAUUAGAGGACCGCGCCAAACAGGAGACCAGUGGUGACGCAGCAGAAGCAAUUUCCAUCCUCCGCCAGCAGGAGAAGGAUCGUGCAAACCACCCCCUGACACGCGUGCCUUCGCUGAAGCGUUACAAUCCUCCGACCAUCUCCAACGAAGAUCGUGCUGUCAAGCGUCUGCGUCCCAGCCAGUCUUUCAAUGUGCCUCCUCCUUCAUCUGCUCCUUCGGCCGUAGCCGCAACCCCCUUCCGUCAACCUCUCAUGCAACGCUCGUCCUCGGCACGCAACCUGCAAUCCACCAACAGAAGGCCCGCUCACCACGACCCACUACUGUUGGCGAAGACGCCUAAGCUCAAGCAGACACCUACUUUUGAGAUUUCAGCCACAGACUCUGACAAGGAAAACUGGAGCCCUGGUGAUCGCCCUUCGGCUUUCAUGGACCGCCAAUUCCUCCAUCAGAUGGCAACCUCUCCCGCCGUCAUGCCAUCAACGAUCAAGCGACCACGGGCACUCGCAGGCUNNUUUCACGAGACGCCUGCGCCUCGCAGUCGUGGCAAGCAUAGUAGUAGAACUCAGGUCGAGCAUCUGGACGAUGAUGACGACGAUGAGGAUGUUAUGCAGUUCAUGAACCAACCCAGCAGUGGCGUCAGGAAGGACAAGGCACAUCGUUCUCUCUCUCGAGACGAACGUCAAAGCUCGGAGGAAGAAGAUCUGAACUGUGUCGAGGGGUUGCUCAAGUUGAGCCAGGGUAACUGGGGUGGUGGCAGGUGA